GAAGUCGCCCUCCGGCCACCCUUUCUGCCUCGAAGGGCCCUUAGGCGACCACUUUUCCGGGUCCACAGAGCGCGCGCCGCUCGGCUGGGAGAGAAUGGGGGCGACUUGGGCGUCCCGGGCAGAGUCCAGGGGAAGAAGCCUCGGGGAAGGGGCGGGCUGCUAGCCCGGAGAUCCGAAUUCCAGCCCGGAUCAAUGUGUGGCCACGGGCAAAGUAGUUCCCAUCUCUGACCCUAGUUCUGCUCCCGGUAAAGUGUAAUUAAGAACACCUGCCUCAUCAAGUUGUGGGGCGAACUCAGGAAAAUAACGUACAAGCGCUGGUACAGAGCCUGGUGCGUAGCGGGUGCUUAGUCAAGUGGACUGGAGCUGGAUGAGCCCAGAAGGGUUUCAGGCAGCCUGGAGGAAGAAGGCAGCCGGCCAGGUCUCGGAAUGAAAGGCUUCAGUGUCUGGGGCUUCCUUCCCGCUCUGCCCCCUCCACCCAGUUUGUUCAGGGCGGAGAUGCACACCUGGCAAGGAAGACGGGGCCAAGUCCACGUCUACACUGGCCCACCCACUGCUGCCUGAAACUGGACAGGAUCCCCGUCACCAAGCCCAGAGUAACCUGGUGUGGGUUUAGCCAGAGCCAGCCUGCUUGCCCGGGAGUGGGCUGGGGCCCACUACCUGACUGUGGUGCUGUAGCCCUGGAGCUGGGCUCGGCCUGCUGGCAGAGGACCCCCCCUUGCUUCCUGGUUCUUCCCAGCUGACCCUUGAGGAAAGGGGGCAGCCUAGUCCCAGCGCCCAGGAGCCUGUUGGCACCUGGUGGGGGUGGUCACCAGGGAGGUCUGAGUCUGAACAACUGAACCCCUCCCUGGGAUCCUGGAGUCCCAAUCCUGCUGCCAUGUCUUCUUAUCCCCAGGACUACCCAGUUCCCAGACAUUGGGGGGCAGGGGGAAGUGUGGGUGUUUAGAGAUCUUCCCAACCCUGGCUCAAUUGUUGGAACUAGAAACUAUGGUGCUUCUGUCCCCUACCUACAGCAGGCCUUUAAAUCACCUCACUGUACCUUCACUGCCGCAUAAAUGGUGUGUAUACAUUUGUUAGCUCCGUCUUGCAGGGCCGGAAACUGCAGCCUGGAGAGAGUAGGUGAUCCUUGAAGCCUAAGGCCAGAAAGUACCAGUACCUGGGGUUGAACUAGAGCUGACUUGAGCUACUCUUAACCAGGACUCAUUGCUCCCUGCCUCCAAGGUUCGAUGGCAGAGAAGGUGCUAGUAACCGGUGGGGCUGGCUACAUCGGCAGCCACACAGUGCUGGAGCUGCUGGAGGCAGGCUACUCACCCAUGGUCAUCGACAACUUCCAUAAUGCCAUCCGUGGCAGGGGCUCUAUGCCUGAGAGCCUGCGGCGGGUGCAGGAGCUAACAGGCUGCUCUGUGGAGUUUGAGGAGAUGGACAUCUUGGACAAGGAGGCCCUACAGCAUCUCUUCAAGAAGCACAGCUUUAAGGCUGUCAUCCACUUUGCCGGGCUCAAGGCUGUGGGCGAGUCGGUGCAGAAGCCUCUGGAUUAUUACAGAGUUAACCUGACAGGGACCAUCCAGCUACUGGAGAUCAUGAGGGCCCAUGGGGUGAAGAACCUGGUAUUCAGCAGUUCAGCGACCGUGUACGGGAACCCUCAGUACCUGCCUCUGGAUGAGGCUCACCCUACGGGAAGCUGCACCAACCCCUAUGGCAAGUCCAAGUUCUUCAUCGAGGAGAUGAUCCAGGACUUGUGCCGGGCAGACAAGGCCUGGAAUGCGGUGCUACUGCGGUACUUCAACCCCACGGGUGCCCAUGCCUCGGGCUGCAUUGGCGAGGACCCUCAGGGCAUCCCCAACAACCUCAUGCCCUACAUCUCCCAGGUGGCAAUUGGGCGACGGGAGGCCCUGAAUGUCUUUGGCAAUGACUAUGACACAGAGGAUGGCACAGGCAUCCGGGAUUACAUCCACGUUGUGGAUCUGGCCAAGGGCCACAUCGCAGCCUUGAGGAAGCUGAAGGAGCAGUGUGGCUGCCGGGUCUACAACCUGGGCACAGGCAAAGGCUACUCGGUGUUGCAGAUGGUCCAAGCCAUGGAGAAGGCCUCAGGGAGGAAGGUGAAGACUUAUGGCGCUGGCAGAAGCAGAAUCCAUCAGGUUUCAGCGCACAGGCUUGAGGACCGACCCUCCCCUGCCUCGGACCACAAAGGAAAGGAGAAGCAACUGUCUGCUCUCCAGACCCUGGCAGGACCCCAGACUCCGGCACUCUGGGGCCAAGCCACGGCCACCCUACCUCAAACCCCAGCCGGGCCCACUCAGCCCACCAGGCAGGUGGCCGAGGGCUCCACUGACCAGAAACCAAGGUGUCUUCCACAUAUCUCCUGCAGGGUCCAGGAAGGCAUCAGGACCACCAAAGAGUGGGCAAGCAGCAGGGCUCUGGGACCACACCUUCCUCCCAGGCACUGAAUGACACUGCUAAGAGGGAACUUUCCAAAGUAUUUAAAAUAAAAAGUUUUCUUUUACUGAG